AUGCCGACUUCGACCCUCUCGCUCUUUGCGCCUGGCGUAGACCAGAUGAUCUCGCAGCUGGAGCGCACCGUGGCGGCCGUGGACGGCGACGUUUCGUUCCGCUUUGCGCCAACGCCUCUCGCCACCACAACAGCGCCGGACGGCGCAGCCGCCACAGUGUGGAAUGUGCGCGCACACGAGUACGCUUCCAUCAACGGCCACACCACCACCAUCGUCGAGGACCAGCGUUUCCUCGAGUCGCACAACUACUUUGCGGCACGCGACCAGUCGGGCGCUUAUAUCGAGUGCCACUUUGACCACAUUGGCGCGCCCGCUACGUGCGUCAAUCGCCAGCCCAAGCACCACACCACGUACACAUCGACAUUCAAGCAUGCUCGCGCGUUUGCCACCGCCUACCACCACCGCGUUGCCGCCAAGAGCCACAACUCGACCAGCUCGACCAGCGCAUCCUCGAGCCAGACCACUCCGACAGCAGCGGCAGCGGCUGUCGUUGCCACCGCGACGCCGGACGUCGCAGACCAGGGCACCAACGCAACACCGGACCAGAGUGCCGUCUCCAGCUCGUCUGGCACCAACUCGCGGGUCAACUCGACGUCUGCCGCUGCCAAGGCCAAGACGCUUCCCGUGCUGCUGGUCACAGCCAGCGUGCUCUUCACUGCCGUUCUCACCUUGCAGCCCUAG